AGAUAAUUGACAACAACCCUGGCCAAUGGGAAGGCUGUUUAUUUCUGUUUAGCCAAUUAAAAUUUAGCAUGACACUACCGGUUUGGGGAAAUGGCUAAAGCUAAAGCUUAUAUUUAUGAAGGGAAUAUCUCAUAUUUUUGCCAGAAUAGUCUUUUUUUAUUUCACAGAGUUGAUGUUUUGCUGAAGGCUGUGGGAGAUACUCCUAUCAUGAAAACAAGGAAGUGGGCAGUGGAGAGGGGGAGGACAGUACAGUCUUUGUCUCAGUUCAUCUCUCGCUUCCUCAAGCUAGAUGCUAGUGAACAACUGUUCAUUUAUGUUAACCAGUCAUUUGCCCCCUCACCGGAUCAAGACGUAGGGGUCCUGUUUGAUUGUUUUGGCAGUGACAGCAAGCUGGUUCUACAUUACUGUAAAUCUCAAGCCUGGGGUUAAACUGCUUUCCUCAACUACAUUUUGGACCUCCCCCGCUCACAAAGUCAUCCUCCAAACAUGUACACAAUGUUGUUUUUGCUUUUUUGCCUUCUGAUUUUUUUUCAGUUUUUCUGUACAUACAUACUGUAAAUAAAUUAAUACUAUGUCAA